AUGCACUGGGACCCGGAUUCCGAUUCUGACCCGGUGUCGCGGCCUCAGCCGUCCGGCGUACUUAGAGCUCCGGUACUUUUCAUCCAUCAUUUUGAAGGAUUGAUGGAGCGACUCCGCGAUGGAGAGACCGUCGUCAUCGCGGAGGGAUAUCUGUUUAUCUUCGAAAAACGCGGCUACUUGAAGGCCGGCCAUUUCGUGCCCGAGGUGGUAGUAGAGUACCCGGAGUUAGUCCGCCUCCAGUAUCAAGAGUUUGCCCGCGCAGGCAGUGACGUCGUCCUCGCUUUUACAUACUACGCCAAUCGGGAGAAGGUGAAACUCGCUGGCCGCGAGCACGAAAUCGAGAAGAUCAAUCGAACUGCACUGCGCAUGGCCAGAGAAAUAGCAGACGAGACCGGAACCCUGAUGGCGGGAAACAUUUGCAAUACUAACAUCUUCGUCCCCAACGAUCCAGAAAAUCAUGCUAAGAUAAAAGGCUAUUUCAAGGAGCAGAUAGAGUGGGCUGUUGCCGAAAAAGCCGAUUUCAUCCUUGGGGAGACUUUUAGUGAUUAUGGGGAGGCUGUAAUUGCAUUGGAAGCCAUUAAAGAAUACGGCAAGGGUCUUCCGGCGGUUAUAAACUACGCCUGGCACAAGAGGGAAGUGAACGGUCGACCAGCCACUUUGGACGGCGUGGAUCUGUGCGAAGCAUUCCAGAACCUGGAGGCUGCCGGAGCCGAUGUACUUGGCCUCAACUGCGCCCGUGGGCCAGCCACGAUGAUGACGCUGAUGAAAGAGAUCAAGAAAUAUGUUAAGGUUCCUCUGGCCGCAAUCCCAGUGACUUAUCGCACGACUGAAAAGGAGCCUAACUUCCAGUCUCUAACGGAUCCAAUUUCAGGUGUCCGCCUGUUUCAACAGGACCUGGACGCCGCCAUGUGCAGCCGCACCGAUAUCGUAAACUUCGGCAAGUCCUGCAAGGAGUUGGGUAUCCAAUUCGUGGGGCUGUGCUGCGGCAAUGACAGCCACUACACCAGGACCCUGUGCGAGACGCUGGGACGCACCGUACCGGCUUCACGCUACUCCGUGGACAUGUCCAAGCACUACGUGUUCGGAACCCAGUCCAAUCUGUGCAGUCGUUACACUAAAGGGGAGGGGAAGCAAUUUACGGCCUAAAUUAUCAGGCAUUUGGGGAUACCAAAACAAAAUGCAUUGCCCAAUAAUGACAAAAGCAUUAUACAUUCUUAUAGUUAAGUACAAUUUGUAAAUUACGCUAAACAACCAAAUAAUCAAAUUUGUUAUUAUUUGUUGUAACAAUUUGUACAGCUUUAAACAAUUGUCUCCCCGACAAAAAGAUCACGUCUUAUUUAAAACUGCAUGUCAUUAUUGACUUUGGUAUGAGUUGACUUGGGUACGAGUUCAUCUGGGUCCGAGUUGACUUGGGUACGAUUCACCUUAGUACGAGUUGACUUGGGUACGAGUUGACUUGGGUACGUGUCCACUUGGUUACGAGUUGACCAUAUGAUUCGAAUUCCUCCCCACAGGCCAACUCGUACUCCAGUGAACUCGUACCUAAAUCAACUCGUACCGUGUAACGUACGUUGUAAUGUCGAGGAGAAGUUUCUUUGCGGUGGAGUUUUACCGUCUGCAUGGCAAUCUAAGAACGAUGUUCCACGUGCAAUUUACGAAUCUCGGGAAACGUACGACAGAAAGGGUCACAAUUAGCAAAGAUUAUGCAAAUGUUUCACCUCGUUAAAAGUACACUGUAGUAUUGAUUCAGCCCAAAUGGCCAACCGUUAAAUUUAAGAAACGCACACAAUUACUACGAGUUCUGAAUGGUAAGGAUCAAUUUGAUCACCAAGCUAACUCAACUCACUUACCAGAGAACACGAGACUUACGAAACUCCCAAGCCGGACCGAAGUUCAUAGACUGCACCCGAUGGCUAUAAAGAAGUCGGGUACCCUCUAACUAACAUCCGUGCACCACACUCAAAUAAAACAGUUCAAUAAAAACACCCAUUUACGUUUUAUAGGGACAAAUUGUGUGUUGUAUAAGAAAUAAUUUAAUCAUCAUUUUGUGAUCUUACUCUAUUUCUAUUUCAAUUCAAUCAGCUGCAUUUUAUACACGCCAAUUAAAGACAGUGGACACUAUUGGUAAUUGUCAAAGACCAGUCUGGUGUUUCUAAACAUAUGCU